CCAUGUCUAGGACUAAUUCACGUUAUUUACAUAACUAUCUAACAUUAGUUAUAUUCUGCGGCUCUUGUUUCCAGUGAAAAAUAUAUAGUGCAAAAGAUUGUCUCCAGAAGUAGCUGAGUAGUUAAGCACAUACAUGAUUGGCCAACUUUUCUGAUUGGAUAUUCAAUUGUUCAUUAUCGUUUGAGUUAACAAUUUUUAUCACUCAUCGACCCAUAACAUGGUGAUGGAGGAUCUCGCAAUUAUACUUGAGAAUCCACAUUCUACAGGUGGAAAGGAGGGAGGAGCAUCAAAUUAGAAGGUUCUGAUCAUGUUCCAGUUUACACGAGUUUAGUGGAAAUCCCUGAAGUAUUGGAGCAUAGCACCCCAUCAUUGUCUACGAGAUACCAUCCCCAGGUCUACGGGAGUCAGCAAACUCUUGUGUCUAUGUUCGCAAGAAGGCAAUCAACUGAGCAAGUUAUUUCAGAGGAAAGGAUAAGCCCUCUGUUCCCAAGUCAGGAAAAGUUUACCUCAACUCCAGAGAACUACGAUAGUAAAGCUUCGCAAAUUAAGGUGCUUGGUUCUCGAAAUAAUGCUAAUAUUCUGCCGAGCAUUGUAGCCAAGAAGAAAUCAAGGCAUGGUCAGGGGUCUCAGCUCACACUCAACUCAUUCUUCCAGAAAUGCACUAGAAGUGAGACUUCUGACAGUAGCUCUGCUGAUUUUAAAAUUUGUCAGACAGACAUUUCUUACUCUCAGAUUGACCUCAAUGGAGUUCCUUCUGCUGAUGAUGAAAGUGGUCCUUCAAAGGACUGCAGAUUAAAUGUUAUUGACAAUAUUCAAAAUGAAGGCCAGCUAGAUGCAUGCGAUUCAGAUAAAGAGAAGAGGAAAGUGGCAUUACAGGAGUGGCAAAGGAUUCAGCAAUUAAUGCAGAAUAGCGUACUUCUUUGUAAGGGCCAUCGAGAACCUUGUGUUCCACGGAUUGUUAAAAAAGCAGGCCCCAAUUUGGGCCGCAGAUUUUAUGUCUGUGCUCGAGCUCAGGGACCUGCAUCAAAUCCUGAAGCAAAUUGUGGUUAUUUCAAAUGGGCUGCUGCUUCAAAGUGUAAGGAGAAAGGAAAGUGAAGUCUCCGCUGCAUAUAUUCGUACGUGAUAAACAACUAAAGUUCUGCAUAAUGAGAGAGUUCAGGUUAGUUAAAAUUUCGAAACUUGCUCAGUGGGAGCAUGUGGUAUCUCCACGUUCUUGUGCUUUUCUCUGCAGUCAACCUUCUAUUUCCCCACAGUACUGACGUGGGAAUUUGUAGCAGUUUAUUUACGUGAUAAACCGCAAAAUCAAUAGAUUCAGUGUUCUGUGUCAUUAGCUGAAAUUAUUUGUAUUCUUUGGCAUAAUUACUUGGAAAUUAGUCAUCUUCCUUCAAAACCUUGCAUCGUUCCACAUGCGGUGGUAUGAAUUUCAUGGAUAAAGUUUGUUUCUAUUGAAACCUUCUACCAUUAUUUUAA